AUCAACUUCCUCUUUGUUUCCUGGAUUCCUGAAACUUUUGGAUUUAGCUGCAUGAAACUGUCACAGUCAUAACGAGAGAACAUUAGUGCAUAUUCCAACCAUGCAAUGCACCAGCACCGAGGGUCGCUCCACGGACACACGACAGUUAGCUAGGUUAGCCUGUGGGUGUCGGGGUGCUGUGGACAUCUGAGCGUUCAGCACACUGUCCAACACAAACUCCCGUUAGCUCUCUGUUAGCAUACAAUGCCGCUCGCUCCCGCAAACCAGUCUCAGUUAAUUCGGUCCAGUCAGAAGGACGAAUAUUAUCAAAGCUACCUGAGAAACAACGCGAACGAAGCCUUUCAAACACUUGCUGGAUCCAAAAGAUGGCUGGACUGGAGGAGAGAGAUCGAGCUGCUGUCAGACCUCACGUACUUCGGUUUAACAACAUUCUCAGGUUACCAGACCCUGGGCGAGGAGUACGUCAACAUGGUCCAGGUGGACCCCACUAAGCGGCGGGUCCCCACUCAGGUCAGGCGAUGCCUCUUUGUCCUCUGCCACGCCUACUUCCCUUACCUCGUGGACAAGGUCCUGGUGUGCCUGGAGAACGAGCUGGAAUGCGGUCAGGAGAGGCGCGGCGGUGCCGGGCAGCGGCGGGCGACGUCCGGGCCGUGGUGGAGCCUGGAGUCGUGGCUGAGGAGGUGGAUGCGGAGGGCGGUGGGGUUGCUGUCGGAGCCCCAGAGGAGAGCAUGUGUGCCGGCCGUGUUCGUUCUCCAACAGGGUCUGACGCUCCUGCACCGACUGCACGCCGCUCUGUUCUACAUCAGAGGCUCCUUUUAUCACCUGUCCAAGAGGGCGGCUGGUAUCAGCUAUCUGCGUGUGAUGGGGCCCGGCAGCGAUGAUGUGACCAUCCGGAGCAGCUACAGGCUGCUGGGGGCGCUGUCCCUCCUCCAGCUGAUCGUCACUGUGAGUCUGCAGCUCAACAGCUUCAGACAGAAACAGAGAGCCAGGCAGGAGUGGAAGCUCUACAGGAACCUCAGUCCUCAGCUCCCACGCAGAUCCGGCCCCAGAGCUGCCAGCUGCAUCCUCUGCCUGGAGGAGAGGAGACACUCCACCUCCACUCCCUGUGGACACCUCUUCUGCUGGGAGUGCAUCACGGAGUGGUGCAACACCAAGGCAGAGUGCCCCCUGUGUCGGGAGAAGUUCCAGCCUCACAGACUGGUGUACCUGAGGAACUACAGCUAGAGCCACAGAGCCUUGAACUACACACUGCUGGUGGACUGUCCAGGCUGUUGACUGUGCAGGCUGUCCCUUUUAGGAACAUGUGGAGGCCAAGGCUCAACCAACAAGGUCUGAGAAGUGAAGCUGAAGUGCCUUUAAAACUGCAUUCUCUCUAAUGGCCAUCAGGCCGUGUUCAGUAAAAUGUUGGAUUGUAUCAGUCGAAUCUUGUAAAUAUCACUUUUAAUUAAAUUAAAACUUUAACAGAUGCAAAUAAAAUGUGGGAAAU